CUGGACUCUAUCUCGGAAUAGCAAUUUUUGAGCCUCUCUUCACGAAUCUAGGGCGGACCCCGUGACUUGGUGUCAGACUUCAAAGUCGCGUCGCACCCCCCCAUAAGUUCAUUCGAGACGCGACUAAUACCAUCCAAUGCAUCCAAGCCCCCAUGGCGCACGCAAAUGAUCAGGUUGAUGGGUACACUGAAGAUGGUGAUGAAGUUACUACGCCGGAGGAAAGAGGCACAGCUAUGAUAGGCACGGAUGAGUACAUCAAGCUCGUGCGACGCAGGUCCCAUACAGACACAGAAUCCGAUAUCGACACGGCAGGUAUUGCGCCUUCUGAUUUCAAGAAAGGAAAGCGAAAAUCAGGGGAACGAGUUGAGUGGUCUUCGAGCGAGGGAGAAGAUGCCUACGAGAAAUUCAAGAACAGGAAAGCCGCGAAGAGAAAGAAACUGGCAGCGAACAAGAAGAGAUUGAAGGAGAAAACAAAGGAGAUAGUAGAGGGUAGAAAGAAAGCCAAGAGUAAUGGAGAGCCAUCGAAGAAAGAACGGAUGUGGGGAGACGAGUCUGAAUACGAGAUGCUGGAUGACGAGAUCCCCGAAUACUUGAAGAAACGCCGGAAGGAGUUUGAUGUGGACCACACCCAACGCCACGAGGAUGCUUUGAAGGUUCCGCCAAGGUACGAGGAUAUUUACUUCUCGGACGAUGAGAGAAUUGCGGAACUUGCUGAGCGUCCGGAUUUCCCACCAUCUGUGGCGCUGUCCAGAGAAUAUAAGGAUAUUGAAUUACCCCAUUCAGCAGGAGUUAUCCCAGCUUCUAUCGCUCAAUACCUGAGAGACUAUCAAGUCACUGGCGCUGGGUUCUUACAUGAACUAUUCGUCUACCAGAAAGGUUUGAUUCAAAUUUGGAAGUCUCAGGUCCAAAGACUAACAGCAAAUUUAGGUGGCCUUCUCGGUGAUGAUAUGGGUUUGGGUAAGACUGUCCAAGUUGCUGCAUUUUUGACUGCAGCUUUUGGUAAGACCGGAGAUGAAAGGGAUGCGAAACGCAUGCGGAAGAUGAGAAGAGCCUCAGGCAAGCGAUGGUAUCCCCGUGUUCUGAUCAUCUGCCCAGGAUCGCUGCUUGACAAUUGGAAGAAUGAACUUGAGCGAUGGGGAUGGUGGCAUGUCGAUAAGUACUAUGGUAAUAGAGGCGAAAGAGAAUCUGUUGCACAGGCCGCCAACUCCGGCCGUCUGGAAGUUGUCAUCACUACCUACACAACAUAUAGAAACCACAUGGAAAAGCUGAAUCAGACCGAGUGGGAUUGUGUAGUUGCCGACGAAUGUCAUCAGCUGAAGGAGCCGUCUGCUGAGACUACCAAAGCCAUGAAUCAAGUCAAUGCGUUAUGUAGAAUCGGGCUCACCGGCACGGCCAUUCAGAACAAAUAUGAUGAGCUUUGGACCUUACUUAACUGGACCAAUCCAGGCAGAUUUGGUCCCUUGUCAACAUGGAAGUCCAGCAUCAGCGUUCCCUUGAAGAUGGGUCAGUCACAUGAUUGUACCAAUCAUCAACUCAAACAAGCUAGGCAAACUGCUGAGAAACUUCGCGACAAUCUCCUACCUCAAUUCUUUCUUCGCAGAAUGAAAUCCCUCAUCGCUCACCAGCUCCCAAAGAAGACAGACAAAGUCGUAUUCUGCCCCAUGACGAGUCUCCAGAAGGAAGCAUAUGAACGCUUUCUUGAGAGCUCUCUCGUGGAAACUGUCAGAACGUCAGGGGAUGUAUGUGAUUGUGGUAGCGAAAAGAAACGCGGAUGGUGUUGUUACGGCACCAUUCCAGGGUCAGACACAUCCUGGCGGGCCAUGGUGUUCCCAGUUAUUAUCACUCUUCAAAAGCUAUCUAACCAUCUCGCUAUUUUGCUGCCCAGAGCUGAUGACCCACCUGAGAAACGAGAGCGGGAUUUGGAAUAUCUCAAAGGCAUGCUUCCAAAUCACUGGAGAGAGCUUUACGAAAAUCGUGGAUCUUUGGCGACGCUGUCCAAUCCAGAAUUCUGUGGAAAGUGGGCGAUCCUCAAGAAACUUCUCAAAUACUGGCAUGAGAAUGGGGAUAAAGUCCUCAUAUUCUCGCAUAGUGUCAGGUUAUUGGAGUUGCUGCAAUACUUGUUCAACAAUACCAGCUACACUGUCAGCCUCCUGAGCGGCAAGACCAAAAAUGAGGAUCGUCAGAAGCUAGUCGACAUUUUCAAUGCCGAUCCCAACCAGUUCGUGUUCCUGAUCUCAACCAAGGCUGGAGGGGUUGGCUUGAACAUCACCAGUGCCAACAAAGUAGUUAUCUUCGACCCGAAUUGGAAUCCCAGCUAUGACCUGCAGGCUCAAGAUCGAGCGUACCGAAUAGGACAACUACGGAACGUCGAGGUCUUUCGUCUGGUGUCUGCUGGUACCGUUGAGGAGAUUGUGUACGCUCGACAGAUCUACAAACAACAACAAGCGAACAUAGGGUACACUGCCUCAACUGAACGUCGCUACUUCAAAGGUGUCCAGAACAUGCCUACUCAGAAGGGUGAAAUCUUCGGCUUGGAUAAUCUCCUCACGUUCCACGCAGAUAAUGUUGUGCUUCGGGAUAUCGUUAACAAAACCAACGUUGCAGAGGCCAAACGAGGUGUAGCGAUCUUGGAUUUCGACAUGGAUGAUGCGGCAAAUGACGAGGACAACCCCCUCAAGGUUGAUGAUCUUGAUGAUGAAGAUGGGGCUAUGAGCCAACUUGCAGCUCUCCUGACGGAGGAUGACUCGAAAAAGAAAGCCAAGCCAAGACCGAAAACAGACCCAAUACAGGCAAUCCUCGCUGCUGCUGGGGUCGAAUACACGCAUGAGAACUCGGAAGUCGUUGGCUCGUCCAGAGUAGAAGCAGAACUGAGUCGUCGCGCUGUGGAGACCGGCAACGAUGCGGAGUAUGGCGAGCAAAGACUUUUUGAUGACUCACAAACUGGAGAUACUAGUCCCGGCCGAAUCCAGUACAAGUAUCACCCACCUAAUGAAGUAAAGCUUAGGCAAUUUUGUACGAUGGCCAAGGAAUUCGGCUUUAGUAGUGCAACGGAGUUUGCAUUCGCUGUGGAGGGCAUGACGCAGAAGCAGAGAACGUACUGUUUGGAGAGAUUUUACCUUAAGAGAAAAGAACGUAUGGUGGAGUUGGAGCUGAACGAGAGCCGACUGGAGGGCGAUGGCAAUGCUCCCAGAUUCGAUAUGGAUGCAGAGAUGGAAGCGGAAUUAGAGGAGGCUCGGGCUGUGGAGUCAAUGGCUGUGGAAUCAUUGGCUCUUGAAUCAAGCAUUAUGAAAAUGAAGACUGUGACGGCGGCCGUUCCAGCGGACGUGGAGACAGAAGACGAUGAUGACGAUGAAUUAUGA